AAGUAGACAGCACAUCUUAAAACUAGCUACCCCUUGCCUUGGCUUGGAAGCAGAAAAACAACAGCCAGGAUGAGAAGCCUCUGGCUUGUGCUCUUUGGUGGGGCAAUAGCUUUUGCUUUGCCUGUAAAACAUGAAAAAGAAAAAAUGCUUCUUAUGCAGAGGUAUCUAGAGAAAUAUUACAACUUUACAUCAAAUGGGCAACAAGUCUUUAGAAGCAGAAUCAGCAGCUCCAUGGCGAAUAAGAUCAGAGAAAUGCAAGCAUUUAUCGGAUUAGAGGUGACAGGUGAUCUAGACUCCAAUACGCUGCAGGCGAUUCAAAAACCCAGAUGUGGGAAUCCAGAUGUGGGCCAAUUUGCCUUCUUUGCAGGUCAACCCAAGUGGCAGAAGAAACAUCUAACCUACAGGAUACUGAACUACACACCAGAUAUGAAAAGAGUCGAUGUUGAUGAAAUCAUUGACAAAGCUUUCAGAGUUUGGAGCCGAGUUACGCCUUUGACAUUUGAGAAAGUUCUAGGUGGCAAUGCAGACAUAUUUAUCUCUUUCCAUUCUGGAGCUCAUGGAGAUUUCUAUCCUUUUGAUGGACCUAGUGGAACACUUGCCCAUGCUUAUGCUCCUGGUCCUGACAUUGGAGGAGAUGCCCAUUUUGAUGAAGAUGAAUUCUGGAGCUAUGGUGUAGAAGGUACCAAUUUAUUUUAUACUGCUGUUCAUGAGUUUGGCCAUUCGCUUGGACUCUUCCAUUCUCGAGAUCCUAAUGCAGUGAUGACUCCAACGUAUAAGACGCCCACGGCAAAUCAACCGAUUCUAUCUCAGGAUGAUAUUGCUGGCAUCCAGUAUCUCUAUGGAGCAUCAUCAAAUCCACCUCAAGACCCAGUAGAAAAGGAUGAACCAAGAAAGCCCAAUAGCCCAGGCAAACCAGCAUUACCGUCUGCUUGCAAUCCUGGUUUGACAUUUGAUGCUGUGACCACUUUUCGGGGAGAAAUAAUGUUUUUCUGGAAUAAAUAUUUUUGGCGAAAACUUCCCCAGUACACAGAGAUUGAAUUGAAUCUGAUUUCUGAAUUUUGGUCAUUUCUACCAUCUGGAGUUGAUGCUGCUUCUGAAAAUAAUGAGAAAGAUGAGACAUUUCUUUUUAAAGGCAACCAGUUCUGGGUCGUGAAAGGAGAUUACGUGCUUCCUGGGUACCCCAAGACCAUCCACAGUCUGGGCUUUCCAAAAGAUGUCACAAAAAUUGAUGCUGCAGUUUUCAGUGCCAAUGAACAGAAGACAUAUUAUUUUUCUUCAGAUAGAUACUGGAGUUACGAUGAAGACAGCAAAACCAUGAACAGGAGGCCCCAAAGGAUCCAAGAUGGCUUCCCAGGUAUCUCAGGCAAGAUUGAUGCUGUCUUCCACUACAAUGAUGUAUUGUACUUCUUUAAGGGAAGAAAUCAAUAUGAGUUUGAUCCUAACACCAGAAGAGUUACUCGGAUCCUAAAGGCCAACAGCUGGUUUUCAUGCUGAGAAGAUAAAGAAAAAACUGACAACUGGCUAGUUUACAUUGAAUGUAAUCCAGUGUUUUGUAUGUGUGAAAAUAUAAUAAUUAAAAUAAUAUAAUGUAAUGUAAUAUAAUGUAAUAUAAUGAAUAUAAUAUAAUAAUACAAUGCAAUACAAUGCAAUACAAGACUACUUCAGCUUUAAUUGCAAUAAUACAAGAGCAACCAAUAGAUUUAAACUUAAUGUCAACUGCUUUAGAUUGCAGAAAAUAUGACUUCUGUAACAGAAUCAUCAGUGCUUGGAAUACUUUACCUGACUCUGUGGUCUCUUCCCAUAAUCCUAAAAGCUUUACCCUAAAACUUUCUAUUAUUGACCUCACCCCAUUUCUAAGAGGACCAUAAGGAGCGUGCAUAAGCGCACAAACGUGCCUACCGUUCCUGUCCUAUUGUUUUUCUUUUCUUCUUCCUAUAUAUAUAUAUGCUUAUACCUCCUUAUAUUUACUCAUAUAUAUGUUUAUAUACUAUAUAACCUUUCUGUAUGAUACUUACAUAUAUUGU